GCCAUCUGUGGCUGAAAAGGGAAAGCGUAAUUGCAGUUGCAACGAUUCUGACAAUUCCAAGAAUGUGGUGUCUCCAUCUGUUAGUUGUGAACGGAAAGCAAAGGUAGAUUGACACAAUUGGCACAACGCGAGCGUAGCCCUGGGGAUUCGGUUCAGAAAGUAGCGAAUUGAUAUUUGGUGCAUUGUGUGCAUCACAGUAAAAGACCUCAAAAUGAAAGUGCCCUCGUGAUAUCGUCCGCGGAAAAAUUGGUGCAUCGAAUUUUCAGUUUGAUUUCGAUUUUUCAAACAGCAUCGUUGCCUAACAUUCGACAGCAUGCUAUCAUUUUAACCAUAUCGCGAACGAACGAAGCUGAAAGGCUCAUCGGAUAUAUUUAUUUAUCGUUCGUUAGCCGGAAAACUACUCAAACUGUGCAGAAAUUCGAUCGAAUUUGUGAAUCGUACGUCAUAAAUUUUCGUAUCCAUCAUACACUCACAUUUGAUGACAUAUUGGUACAUCCAGGCUAUAUUAGCUGAACCUGCACCGAAGCUGUGCAAUUGAUAGAUUAGAAUUUGAGAAGAUCAGGGGGCCUGGUACAGGCACGUUCAAGAGUCGUGGUGGUUGGUGAAUGGUGUUGCAGAUAGACUCGGUGUGGGGUUGGGCGUCACCCCCGCUGCGCCUCCAGCUAGGGGGGUCUAGGGGCGCCUCGGGGAGAGCGGCCGCGGGCGCCCCAUCCUCGCAGAGGAUGGGUGAGAUGGUCGUGGAACGCGCGCCUUCCCCAGCCCGCCUCAGUCACACAUCCGAAAAACAUCCUCGUGCUACGCUCACCGAACUCAAUGUUCUUCGUCGUCAUCGAGAACUUUGCGAUGUCGUCCUCAACGUUGGUUCCAGAAAAAUAUUUGCACACCGCGUUAUUCUAUCCGCGUGCAGUCCGUACUUCAGAGCAAUGUUUACUGGGGAGCUGGCGGAAUCUCGACAAACUGAAGUUACAAUCCGUGAUAUAGACGAAAUGGCGAUGGAACUACUGAUAGACUUUUGUUAUACUUCUCACAUCAUCGUCGAGGAAGCGAACGUUCAAACUCUCCUUCCAGCAGCGUGCCUUCUCCAGCUAGCAGAGAUUCAAGAUAUCUGUUGCGAGUUUCUCAAACGCCAGUUAGAUCCUUCUAAUUGUUUAGGAAUACGAGCGUUUGCGGAUACUCAUUCUUGUCGUGAACUAUUGAGAAUCGCGGAUAAGUUCACACAACAUAAUUUUCAGGAAGUAAUGGAGAGUGAAGAAUUUCUGUUACUACCUGUCGGCCAACUAGUAGAUAUUAUUUCUUCGGAUGAAUUAAAUGUACGAACGGAAGAACAGGUAUUCAGCGCUGUUAUGAAUUGGGUUAAGUACAACGUCACCGAGAGAAGGCAACAUUUGGCGCAAGUUCUUCAGCAUGUACGAUUACCCCUUCUUAGUCCGAAAUUUUUAGUUGGAACUGUAGGCUCUGAUCUUUUGGUUCGAUCCGACGAUGCGUGCAGAGACUUGGUGGAUGAAGCAAAGAAUUACUUGCUACUUCCGCAAGAAAGACCGCUAAUGCAGGGACCUAGAACACGACCUAGAAAACCAACUAGACGUGGUGAAGUUUUGUUUGCCGUCGGUGGAUGGUGUUCCGGUGAUGCAAUCGCUAGUGUAGAAAGAUUCGAUCCCAACACCGCGGAUUGGAAAAUGGUUGCACCGAUGAGUAAACGAAGAUGCGGCGUUGGAGUGGCUGUAUUGAAUGACCUGUUGUACGCGGUAGGGGGUCACGAUGGACAGAGUUAUUUAAAUAGCAUCGAACGAUACGACCCACAAACGAAUCAAUGGUCCUGUGACGUUGCACCUACUACAUCAUGUAGAACUAGUGUAGGUGUUGCGGUGUUGGAUGGUUUCCUUUAUGCGGUAGGUGGUCAGGAUGGCGUCCAAUGUUUGAACCACGUUGAAAGGUAUGAUCCGAAGGAGAAUAAAUGGUCCAAAGUAUCGCCUAUGACUACUAGAAGACUUGGAGUGGCUGUUGCUGUGUUAGGCGGUUAUUUAUAUGCCAUCGGCGGGUCUGAUGGGCAGUCACCCUUAAACACAGUAGAAAGAUAUGAUCCAAGACAAAACAAAUGGUCUCAAGUAUCCCCUAUGUCUACUAGACGUAAGCAUCUAGGCUGUGCUGUAUUUAAUAAUCUAAUUUACGCCGUUGGAGGAAGAGAUGAUUGCAUGGAACUCUCCAGUGCAGAACGGUAUAAUCCUCAUACAAACUCUUGGAGCCCAAUAGUAGCUAUGACAUCAAGAAGAAGCGGAGUGGGAUUAGCGGUAGUGAAUGGUUUGCUAUAUGCUGUGGGUGGAUUUGAUGGAACUGCCUACUUGAAAACAAUUGAAGUAUAUGACUCGGAACAAAAUCAGUGGAAAUUAUGUGGUUGUAUGAAUUAUAGGAGGCUCGGUGGAGGUGUGGGAGUAAUGCGAACCCCACAAACCGAAAACUACAUUUGGUAGCUCAGGCCCCCCUCUUCAGCCCAAAUGGCUGAAACUCCUUUAACUCCUCUCACGCCGGUAACUCCUGUUACUCCUGUGACUCCUCCCGCUCCUGUAUCGGUUCCUGUUGUUAUAACUAAUACUAGAAAACGCUACCGCCGAUCGAUGAGCAUUAUAUAAGUAACAUGUGCGUUUACAAGACUUUGCCUUUCUACAGAUAAAAUCAUUUUCGUCACAAAUUGUUAUCCAUUUUUUCGUUCGCUUUCAUUAACUUAUCAUUCAUUUUAAACUUUAGUCAUUUUAUUUAGGUUCAUAUUGUACUGAAUAUAAAUGUAUAUUUUCUUUGCGUAAGAAAAAUUACUCUUCGUCUAUGCUCAUACUGCCACUAUAUGAAUUUUUUAAGUAAGCUUUUGUAAGAUAUUCCUUUCUACGUUAUUUACACAUUCUUUCAUGCAUUAAAAAAUAUUUGAUUCCAGUCGUUUUAGACUUAAGUGUUAUAUUGUAAUUUUUUUAUAGUAUAGCUGUACAGAUGGUGAACGUUUAAGACACAAAUAAUGGAAAGGCAAAAUCUUUUUUUGAACAUAUUUUCGAACACGAUACUUAUUUCGACGGAACACCCGCUGUUUCCAUUUUUUUAAUAAUUCAGAAAAACGAAUUUUUAAAGCCCACAUUAACAUCAGAACUUCGUUAUGAAGGGCCGCUUGUGCACCAACUGAUACAAAGAAACAAAAAUAAAGAUUUAAUCAAAUGAAAUGUUUCUGUCUCGAUAGUAUGCUUUCUACAACGUAUUUUUAUCAACAAGACUGAACUGAAACCAAAAGUUAUGUAUAUCUAAAUAAAUGAAACAAAUGUUUCUGGCUCUAAGCACACUUCUGUUUUAAGACAAUGUAUGAAAUACACGUAAGUUAUAGAUAUGGUUUCAUUAAGUACUGAAUGUUGUAGUUUCUAAAGUUAGGUUUUCUUCAUUCUUCUGUACCAUUAUAAUGAACAAAACUUGAUCAAUUUUGCGUUUCGUUCGAAGUAACAAAAGAGUAGUCUUAUAUGUACAAAAUGGUGAUAGGGAUCAUUAUCCAACAAUUUCAUAAUGUAACGUUUGUGAUAAUAAUCUAGUAAGAGUCAGCAGAUUCGGCUGAGUGUGAGCAAUAUUUUACUAACAAUAACGAAUAUUAUUUUAUAAUUAUUUGAAUAGAAAAUUAUAAAAGAAACUAAAAAUUUUCGUCGAUUGAUUACAAAAUUGAAAGUUUACGAGUCACUAGUUGUGUUACAUCUAUGAGAUUGUUGAAAAAAAAAAGAAAACAAAA